AUGACAAGUGACGAGUUAACGGAGCAGCCGUCCUGGACGGUCGUGCCGUGUGUGAACCACGGAGACGCGCCGCCCAUUGACGCUGGGCACGCCUGUGUUUUGUACAAAGACUCGCUCUACGUCUUUGGCGGUCGGACUUGCAAAGAGAGAGACCGCUCUCUUCCUGCAGUAUCAACGCGCAGCAGCUACUUGGUCCGUCCAGCGACCAACUUUUACGAAUUCAAUUUCGCCCAAAAGGAGUGGUCUACAGUCCUCACCAAUGGCGUCGUUCCUAGUCAGCGCAAGUAUCAUUCUGCCGUGGUGCACAAGGACUUGCUCUACGUCUUUGGAGGACACGAUGGCGACAGACGCUUGAAUGACUUUUUCUCCUACAAUUUUCUGACGCAAACAUGGACCAAUGUGUUCGUUAAUGCGGGACAACAGCCCACGUCGAGAUAUGGUCACGCUGCAGUAGUGUACAACAACGCCAUGUACAUUUUCGGGGGAAGUGAUCGACAUUAUGACCGCGAGUCCCUGUCGAGCCGCAACUCUUCUGAACAUGGCAGGUUGGACGCCGGUCGCUACGUCAACGACAUGCACUCCUUCAACUUGGAAACCAAUUCAUGGUCAUUGAUUUGCGCCACUGGAGAAGUGCCGUUCCCUCGUGAGGGUGCCUCCAUGGUCGUGUACGAACAAAACUGCCUGUUGUUUGGCGGCUAUGAUCACGAUCUGGGCUAUUUCGAUGAUGUUUGCGUAUUUAACUUUGAGACUCGCGUUUGGUCAAGCCUGGAGACAAAAGGAACGGCACCAAGCGGCUGCAAUCGCUUUCUGGCAGCUUCACACAAUCAAUCUCUAUUUGUAUUCGGUGGAAAGAUAAACCCCAGCCUGUGCGAGCUUGAUCUAGAAACAAACACUUGGGCAACUGUUGCAUGCACCGGAGCAGCUCCGAGGAGCAAAACGUUUUCUGGAUGUGUGUAUGAUGCCAACUUGAUCGUUUUGAGUGGACACGAUGACGUGAUCAGCCUCGAGCAGAUCAGGUUGCCUGAGAAGAAAGCCGGAGCGCAAAGCCACGAUAACAUGGAGCCCGUGGAAGAUGGCACUGUGAUUGCUCACUUGCGCUCCCUUGUCAACAAUCAACUCAUGAGCGAUGUGACUUUUACUGUUGAAGGAAGCCCCAUCUAUAGCCACAAGAGUCUUUGCGUGCGCUGCAGCUACUUCAAGGCUAUGUUUACUGGAGAGAUGUUGGAGAGCACCGCUCGUGAAGUGACGAUCUCCGACGUUAGUCGAGCAACGUUUCUUUCCCUACUAGAAUACGUGUACACCGAUCGACUCGUUCUCGCGGAUGGAGACGUUCAAGAGCUGUUCGUUGCCGCAGAUCGCUACGGUAUCGAAAGCCUGAAGCGGCUCUGCGCUCAGACACUCGUGAAGUCUGUAACUAUCGACAACGUCGCGAGCAUUCUUCAGGCAGCUGAUCAGCACAACUCGCCUUCACUGCGAGAAGAGUGUUUCGCUUUCACACUUCGGAAUUUCGACUCCGUUUCGAAAACACCGUCGUUCCAGAGUAUGGCUAGGACUAACAUCGAGUUGGCCUUGCAGAUUCUGCAGCGGCGCUAA